AUGAAUAUGGUGUUUGUGACGGGGCUUGUCUUCAUAAGCCUUAUCUCAGUUACAUCUGCUAUUUCUGGAACUGCUACUUAUUACACAGUUUACAAACCAUCUGCAUGCUACGGGUACCAAGAUGAGGGAACGAUGAUAGCUGCUGCAAGCGACGCAUUAUAUGCGAAUGGAGCUGCGUGUGGUCAAAUGUAUAAGAUCAAAUGCACAGGUGGUACUAACCAAGGUGUGCCUCACCCAUGCAAGGGUGGCAGUGUUACGGUCAAGAUUGUCGAUCGUUGCCCUUCCCCAGGUUGCCAAGCCACCAUUGAUCUCUCCCAAGAAGCUUUCUCUGCAAUCGCUGUCCUCAAUGCUGGAAAAAUUCUAAUUGAUUACUCCAAGUACUUAAUGAACCACUUAAUCACCUGUAUCUCCUUCAAUGGCGUGACGCUCCUACAAGAUCGAGAUCAAUCGUGCAAGUGCAUGCCCAGCUAA